AUUUACUGGCGUAUAGGAAAUAGAGAAUUCUCGUCUCAACUCUCGUGGAGAGAAGAUCGAAUUAAUUCGUUCGGGUAUUCAUCAAUUUAAAUAUUUUUAAUCAUGGCUGCAGUUGCCGAUAAUAAUGUUUUAUUCACAACUAAGAAUGUUUCCAACCAAAAUAUGCAUUCCAAAAUUAAACUCCAAAGUUCCGAUUGUGUAUAUUUUUUGGUUGAAAUCAAAGUUGCCUAUCUCUCAACUACAAUAAAAAAGAUGGCAGAGGAUUCGAGAUUGAGUAAUGGAGAUAAGAAAAAGACCAUUUUCCUACCCAGUGUCAACGGUGCUACCCUGAAAAAAGUUAUUGAAUGGUGUACUCAUCAUCAAGAUGAUCUUCCCUACAUUGAGAAUUAUGAUCCAGAAAAAAGAACUGAUAAAAUUCCUUCUUGGGAUGCAAACUUUUUGAAGGUUGAUUAUUUCACUCUAUAUGAUAUAAUGCUGGCCGCUAAUUAUCUUGAAAUCAAAGGGCUUUUAGAUUUAGCAUGCAAAGCCAUGGCUAAGUCUAUCAAGGACAAAGGGGUUCAGCAAAUUCGCAAGGAUUUUAACAUUAAAAAUGAUUAUACUCCGAUGGAAGAAGAACAGGUGAGAAAAGAAAAUGAAUGGUGUGAGAAUAAAUAGAGUUCGAAUGAGUUCAUUUCUUUCGAAUUGUUAAGAUAUCAAGUUUCUAUGAGCUAAAUUAGCACUAAAUAUUUUGAGUCCUUGAAAAAUUGUGCAUCUGAUGAGUGUGUUCAAAGUAUCAGAUUUCAAUAUAAAAAUGAAAAAAGUUUAAUACAUUGAAAAAAAUAUAUAAGUGCAGAAUUAGAUUAGAAGAUCCUUUAAAUAUAAUGAAAAUGUAUGUACCUCGAUUCACACAAUACCAAUCAUUUAUAUAGUGGCAGAUGUUGAUCUGAAGUAUUUUUUACGAUGAUACACAAUAAAGAGGGUCUUGAUUGGACUUUCUUUUUAUGUUGUAGCAUUUACCUUAAGUAUUUAUUUAAAAUAAUUUUGACCAGUUUUCUUAGCUUUACUAUUAUUUGAUUAAUUAUUCAAAUAUAAAUACAAGCCAUCUAAGUAUCACAUUGUAACAUGAACUCUAUAUUUGUAUUUAUAAAGUAUGUGUAAAUGUGAGACAAUCACUGCCCUGUAUUGUGCAUGUUUGAGUUUUGUAAAGAAAUUAUUCAUUUGAGGCGACUGCAUUAAAAAAUAGACUGAAGAAACAUAGUUAUUUGAAAAUAUGUUUGUGCAAGUGGUGAAAUAUAGUAAUAUUUAUGUAAUAAUGCAAGAAAAUCAAUUUUUGAUCAUUAUAAUUUAAAGUUUUGAAAAAUAUUAUGAGUGAUUACCUAAAAGAGAGUAAUACUUGACGAGUGUUUUAGAGAGGCUGUUUGUCUAUUUUCUAUUAGAUUUUACAAAAUUUCAUGUAAGUUACAACAAAAAAUAGUGAUACACAAAAAUAUUCGGAGUUUUUAAUAAUACAACUUUGUGACAAUGAGCAUUUACUAUGCAAUAAAAUCACUAUAAAGGAAAGUAUAAGCAAUA